CUUUCUUAGAACAAACUUUGCCCACUUAUGCGGCUCAUAUAUAUCGAAGAUGACGGCGCUUUCACUCUGGUCGAACGCAUGGGCGGCGAGAUACCACCAUACGCCAUACUGUCGCAUACCUGGGGGCAGGAUCAAGACGAAGUCACAUACAACGACACGACCAAUGGAACAGGUCACAGAAAGAUUGGAUACCGGAAACUCCAGUUCUGCAGCCAACGGACCACAGCGCGUCAACUUAAGUACUUCUGGGUAGACACUUGCUGCAUCAGGAAUGUCGCCCUGGUGACAACGCCCCACGAAAGUAGAGGCUAUUGCCGCCAACAAGAACGGGUAUGGAAGUUCUCGGUUACCGCAAGCGUACGGCAGCACUGCUCGCCCAGUCGUGCACAAUCAUUCCUAAGUUGGACCUGAACUGGGCCUUGAAUAAACGCACAUACCUCGUGAAACGGUACCUUUUUUCUUAGAUAGUCAUAUCUAGCUAAAUUUAUA